AUGGCGAAAGCCAAGGAAGACGAAGACCCAAAACGACACCGCAUUUUCACCUACGGCACACUCAAAACUGGCUUCGCAAAUCACAAGCUCAUGCAAGAUCUCAUCAACCAUAAUCAUGCAGUUUUUCUUGGCAAAUACUCAACCCAUCUCUCAUUCCCACUCUUACUCGGCCCUUAUGGCAUUCCUUAUCUUAUCAAUCUCCCCGGUUCCGGCCACCUUGUCCGUGGUGAACUUUACGCUGUCUCCGAUCAUGGCCUUGCGCGCCUCGAUGAGUUGGAAGAAAUCAGCAUUGAGCAUUACAACCGCCUCCCCGUUAAGGUUGUGGGCGACGACAUGGUGGUUAUCGGAGUCGAGUGCUAUUUUGCUGGAAAGGGAGCUGGGGAAGGGCUGUGGAAUGAGAAAGAUGGAGAGGCAUUAGAGGAAUAUACAGAGAGGGAGGCUGUGAAGUUUGUGUUGAAGGAUCAAACAUGCAAGGGGAUUCCAUGAAUUUAGAGAAGAUUAUUAUUGGUUUGUUAUCAUUAUUUUAGAUUGAGAUUUGAGAUUUAUUUGUUGGUGUUUAUUAAUUAGGGUUUAGUAUAAGUUCAUCUUGCUGAAAUGAAUCUUUUAUUGGCUCCUAACCAUUUUUAGGUUACAACCUUUUAUAUAGUCAUCAUAUAUGUCUUGCUCAUAUUGUUUGU